GUGGGUCGUUCCUGAUUGCCGGAAGAGAAGUAGCUAGCGGCGAAAAUUGCUAAUGUAGUAAGAAAUAAAUAACACUUUUACCGUUAUUUAGUAGAGCCGUGUGGGAUGUCGUUUUAUGGUUAAUUUGAUAGUAGUAGUAGUAGUAGUAGUAGUAGUAUUUCUCUGGUAGUCAUAGUUCUGAGUUAUUUUAUUUGAUUUGAUUUCUUUAAUUCCUAUUUUGUGAAGCUAUGGUUUACUGCGUCUCUAGUCUCUGCCAGUACAAUAAACUACUUAUUGUGGGGAUUAGCAUGGUGAGAUAGAUGACCGGGGCCUUGACAAAUGCAGGAAGAGAGUAAGAAGCCAAAUGUGCUGAACAAAUAAAUGUUGCAAGUGUUAUGAGAUCUGGCAGCGGUGGACGAGCGCUACUCUGCCUCUCCUCUCCUGCUGAGGCUGUUCGCCGCCCUGCUUUGAAAGCGCGGGAACCUCGGACGCCAUUUCGCGCCAAGAGAACCUCGCCAGAACUACCAACAGCCCACGGCGCGGCGGUCUGCCGGUGUAUUGCCAGUUAUGCAUUCUGUAGCUGUACACCAACUGUUUCAUGUAUGAUUGGUGUGGUGGUGUUUAAGAUCACAUGAUGGAAUGUAGGAGAACGUAAAUAUGUGGGAGACUGUAGCAGGAAAGUCUAUGAGAAAAAAAAUAAUAAACAAGUAAAUAGAUGGGAAAAAGGAUGUAUCGCUGCAUUAGCUAAGUAGUGACCUAUCCUGAGUGGUGUGGCAAUAUCCUCGCUCACCCAACAUGCAGACACUGCAACAGAAAGCAUAAUUGACAAUUCAUACAGGCAGCCCGAGGGUACAGUACAACCAGCCCGGGGACCACAAUUCUUCAUGUGUCCCUUCACGAAAGUAGCUGAAGAUGCAAAGGAAGAGACAAAGGUUGGCGUACUGCAAAACAAUAACUCGGUCAGGAGGAUGUUCAAAGCUCUUAUAAUAAAAAUGUCAAUGUGAAACGGUGACAUAGUAACAUUUUACCAAGGUCGCCCGGAUAUCCAGUUAAAAAAAAUAAAAAGUAUAUAAAAAAAAAAUAGGCAACUAACACGGAAAAAUUGAGCGCAACAUUACAUGGGUGAGAUACAACAAUUUCGCAAUGCAACCUAAGUAAUAUGAAAGCCUUGUUUAUGAUAGAGCGGGCUACAGUCCCUUUCACUGCUUCACUGCAGGCUCGCACCAGUUGGUCGUCCUGAGUGACCUCGGAGCUGACAAAGGGCUGUUCCCUUCACCUCCCCCUCGGAGAAAAAUAGAUGCGGCUGUUCCCUCCAGGGCGUCACAGCGGCUGUUCCCUCCGCCCUCCAUGCCCAAGCCUCUCCUCCUCUCUUCCUUCCUAUUCCCUUAAUCUCCGUUAACAGUUGCAAGUAACCCAAUAUUUCAUAAGCCUAGUACAUACAUUAACCUCACUGAGUACUGGCGCGGGAGCAAUGCUUGCCUAUGAGUAGAGAAUCGGCAAAGUCUCCUCGGAACAUCCCCGGAUGGACAACAUAAACAGAAGAACGUCAAAGCUAAGACGCCAUGUUAGUCGCCCGGGACCAGCCUAUCUUUGUCUCAAAUUACUCCUUAUAGGACUGUCGCACCAUAACACCGAAGCGCCCAAAGCAUAGAAGAUAGAUUUCAUGAUAACUGAGGGUGGCUGGGAAAGCUCGUGAAGUACUGGCAUUCAAAUAGGAGGCCGACAAACAGUGGUCUCCCAGCUGUCCAUAGGGGGCGGCCAUCUUGGAAACUUUCAAAACAAACAAUCGCAGAGUUAGACUUGACCAGUUUCUUGAUCACCACCGCCACCACACACUCUGACCUAACAUAAAGUGAUCGCGAGAAGAUGGUAGACAGGAAGCGUCUGGCGAAGAUAGCGGGCGUGGUGGUGGGCGUGAUGGUUGGCGUGUUGGUUCUACUGCUGGUAGUGGCUUUGAUUCGCGCCCUUGCUCUUGAGGACUUCGACUACCAAGUGCAGGAUCUUGACCCAGGAGCAAGGGAUGAGCUGCCGGAGAGCUACCUGAAGGGGCUGCCGGAGGUGAUGGCUCGUGCCCUUUCCAUCCGUACUGUUUCCUACUCCCGAGGCAACUACGAGGUGGAGGAGCUACUUCGAUUUCACGACUUUCUGAGGGAGAGCUUCCCCAACGUGUUCAACUCCUCUAUAAUCGAAGUGGAGGUGGUCAACAAACUCUCUCUCCUCCUGACGGUGAAGGGCGCCCAGGAUGACUUCAUGCCGUACCUCCUGAUGGGACACAUGGACGUGGUGCCGGUGGACAGGGAGAAGUGGACGCAUGACCCCUGGGGUGGCUUCAUCCUACCGGACCCUUCGUCAGGAGAGUCCUACAUCUGGGGACGCGGCGCCAUUGACAAUAAAGUGGCUGUGAUUGGCAUAAUGAGUGCGCUGGAGUACCUCGCCAGCACGGGAUUCCAGCCUGAGAGGACCUUCUACGUGGCUUUUGGACAUGAUGAGGAGGUGCGAGGCGAGGACGGGGCGGGUCAGAUGGGGCGCCUUCUGCAGGAACGCGGCGUAAAACUUGACUUUAUCUUGGACGAAGGGCUCCCUAUAAUGAAGGACACGAUAAAGGGCAUGGACAAACCCGUAGCGGCGAUUGGCGUCACGGAAAAAGGCUGGCUGUCCCUGGAACUUGAGGUAAAGGGCCCCGCUGGUCACUCGUCCAUGCCGCCUCUGGUGUCCGCUGUGACGGUUCUCUCCAGGGCCCUCGUUGCCUUAGCUGAUAACCCGCAGCCUUCAAUGUUUGGGAGUGGUCCUGAGAGUGAUAUGCUGGCUUACAUCGCGCCUAAGGCAUCGUGGCCCCAAAAGCUGGUGUUCGCUAACCUGUGGCUGUUCAAACCUAUAGUAGAGAUGGUGCUGAGUUCAAAGAGGGAAACGAACGCCCUUAUGCGCACCACCACCUGCGCCACCAUUGUCCGCGCAGGUGUGAAGGAAAAUGUGGUGCCGUCCUCCGCUCGCGCCACAAUUAACCAUCGCAUCCACCCGUCCCAGAACAUCAAGGAGGUCAUCCAAUACGACAAGAAAGUCAUCAACGACCCCUCGGUGAAGAUCAUGGAAGUGGAGGGUACAGAGGCCCACCCGGUGUCCCCCCAUGGUCCAGAUGUUGCCCCGUGGCGCCUCCUCACUGCAUCCAUUCACCAUCACUUCCCAGACGCCAUCACUGCCCCGGGUGUGCUGGUCGGUAACACGGACACCAAACACUACCUCAAGCUGACCUCUCGUGUGUACCGCUUCACUCCAGUACCUUUACGCAACUCGGAGAUUACCAUGUUCCACGGACAUGACGAGAGAAUCAGCGUCUCUUCCUUCACCACCGCCGUCGCCUUCUACCACCACCUCAUCCUGGCGGCGGAUAUCCAGGUGGCGCCGAUGAAAUCCUCAGCUGGCCACAGAGCCGGCGAGCUGUGAGCGGCAGGGCUUGUAUUGCGCCACCUGGCACUGUCAUUGCUAAAUACCAUCAGGGUGACGACGCGGGGGCAAGAGCGCCACGCCUCAGCCACACAUUGCUCAAGGGAAGGGACAACAUCGAUGAAGGAUACAAUACCAUUACAGCGUUUCUGAUCCUUCUGCAAGCUCAGAACCCUUUGCACUUUACAUUAUGAGGAGUCCUAUACUGUUUUUGCUAUCAGGUAUGGGAGUUCAGUAUAUAUAAAGGGAGGGAACAACAUCAACGAAGGAUACAAUACCAUUACAGCGUUUAUGAUCCUUUUGCAAGCUCAGAACCCUUUGCACUUUACAUUAUAAAGAGUCUGAUACUGUUUUUGCUAUCAGGUAUAGGUGUUUAUUAUAUAUAUAAAGGGAGGAAACAACAUCGAGAAGAGAACUGAAGAAUACAAUGCCAUUACUGCGUUUCUGAUCCUUUUGCAAGCUCAGAAUCCUUUGCACUUUACAUUAUAAGGAGUCUAAUACUGUUUUUGUUGUCAGGUAUGGUGUUUAGUAUAUACAAAGUGUUUCUAGAUAUUUUACCGAACUCAAAAUGCCUUUCACUAUAGAUUUUAAGGAAGCCAAUACUCAUUUUGCUAUAUGUAUGUUUGCUAUCUAGUAUCUACACUGUUUCUGAACCCUUAUAGAAGUCAAAAUCCCUUGCACUUUUAUAUAUAAGGAAUCCAGUACUCUUUUUGAUGAAUGUUCAAUGCCAAUAGCGUGUAUCAUUUUUGCUACCAGAUAUGUAUGUUUGCCGUCUAUACCAUUUCUGAAUCUUUCCAUAAACCAUUUACCAUUGACUCUACACUUCUUCAGAAUUCAAUCCUGCCAUACCUAAUCCUGCUAUUCCUAAUCCUGUCAUUCCUGAUCCGAUCCACGCAGUCUUCACUAGAUCUAACACAAUCAUAUUCUGAAACGCUCCUUCCUCGUAUGCACACUACAUUUAAAAGCCUCUAGUUGAAGUGACGCGGAUUUUUAAGGGUGUUUUUAUGCUUACAGUAAGAGAUUAACACGAUUUAUACGUUAUUAACAGAAGAAACAGUCUUAGAAACCCGGUUGAUCAUCUCUGUGGCCUUUGAAAAUAGUCGUGGUGAGGAAGAGAAGCUCGCAUUCUCAAACAUUUCUGUGCUUCACCUUCACUAUUUCAAAAGGCUUUAUUUAAAUUAACACAAGUUUUUUUAAGGAUGUUUUUUGCAGUUCUAGAGACAGAAUGACAAGGUUUUUAUAUUAUUAACUGGAGAAACAUUCUUGAAAACCCCGCUAAUCAUCUCUGUGGCCUUGGAAAAUAGUCGUAGUGAGAGAGCAAAUCGUUUCUCAAUACGGACCAGAGAGAGAGAGAGAGAGAGAGAGCAAAGCGUUUUAGAAUAAUGACCAUGAGACCACAGAUCGAGAAAUACUGACCCAGAAUCCCUCAAGAGGUUAUCCUACAUUGUCCUUCUCUAUCCUUACCCUUCGUCACCGCCUCCUUCACUCACACACCCACUCCUACCACCACCACCACCCACCACCGCCACCACCACCAACCAACCAACACGCUUCCACUAAUGAUUGUUCAGGAUAAAGGAGACGAAUAAACGUUUGAAUCUUA